AUGCCGAAGUCCAAGUUCUUUAAACUCCAAAAACUUAUCAUACUGGUCCUGCUAACAUUUUCUGGGAUUAUGCUGAUAAAGUACACAAUUAACCAAUGCCGCCUUGAGGACAUUCAAGAUAUCACAGACAAUCCAAAGAGUCUCUACUGCAAAGACAACAUUUAUACAUUUCUCAGACUAGGAGCAAAUGAAGAAGGUAAACCAAACUGCAAUAACAUUAUUCAAGGACAUCCUGAAGCUAUAGAGGAAGGACUGAGGUACAGGCUAGAAGUUAAAAAAAUCAUUCAUUUAGCUGAAGAAAAUUAUUUAAAUUUCACAAAGGAUUGCAAAUAUUUCAAGGAAUUCAGGAGAUACCUUGUGUUUCCUAUGAGUAAAGAAGAAGAAGCGUUUCCUAUUGCCUAUUCUAUGGUAAUCCAUGACAAUAUUGAAAUGUUUGAAAGACUUUUAAGAGUUAUUUAUAUGCCUCAGAAUGUUUACUGUGUCCAUGUGGAUGAAAAGGCUACCGAUAUCUUUAAAAAUGCAGUGAGAGCCAUCACCUCGUGUUUUGAUAAUGUGUUUGUGGCAUCUAAACUGGAGAAGGUGGUCUAUGCCUCUUGGUCAAGAGUGCAGGCGGAUCUUAACUGCAUGCAGGAUCUUCUAAAAAGUGAAGUGCAGUGGAAAUACCUCAUUAAUACAUGUGGGGUGGACUUCCCACUCAAAACUAAUGCAGAAAUUGUUAGGACUCUAAAAACAUUAAAUGGAAAAAAUAGUCUAGAAUCUGAGCGGCCGUCAGCUUUGAAAAUGAAGCGCUGGAAGUUUCAUCAUGAAGUGCGAGAUUCUAUUUUUGAGACUGCUACUGAGAAAGCACCCCCACCUAUCAGUAGUCCUAUGUUCUCAGGAAACGCUUAUUUUGUUGUAUCCUAUGAUUUUGUAAAAUAUGUAUUUGAAAACCCAGAAGCACAGACAUUUUUAGAGUGGAACAUGGACACCUAUAGCCCAGAUGAACAUCUAUGGGCUACUUUGAAUAGGAUGCCAGGUGUGCCAGGAUCUUCUCCUUACAGUGAUAAGUACCAACUGUCAGAUAUGAACGCUUUGGCUAGGAUGGUAAAAUGGGAAUACAGUGAGGGAGACAUUAAAAACGGAGCCCCAUAUCCCAAAUGCACUGGUAUUCACAGGAGAGCAGUCUGUGUGUAUGGGAGUGGAGACCUAAACUGGUUACUUCAACAGCAUCAUCUUCUAGCCAACAAAUUUGAUUCAAAUGUAGAUGACAUUGCUAUUCAAUGCCUUGAACAACAUUUAAGGUAUAAAACAAUUUACAAGAAAGAACUGUAA